AUUUAUAUUUUUGGAUCCAGUUGAAUUGGGUCGGAGAGGGGAGUAUAGUAUCUGGGUAGAGGAAUCAGGAGUUGGUCCUAUGUCUGAGCUUCAACGCUCUGGAAUAAUAUUCGGAUGUUUAAUCCUGAUCGGAUUCAUCACAUUCUUCAUAUAUCAAGUUUAUAACAAGGCAGCUCACAAGGCAGUUCUGGAAACUUUGCAGAAAAUACCAAGAACUGUUAGACAGUUGCCAUAUAGAAGAGAAGAAACAGGUUCCCUUGGUUUGGGUAGAUCUAUACAAGCUCCUUUCAGAGGGUUUGCUAAGUUUGAUAAUCAGGAUAGAACUGGGUGUAUUGAAAUCCAAGGACUGGAAGAUCCUAACCAAUCCUUCGUAGAACUAGAUGCUAACUCUCUGAUUGUUAAAUCCGCAGAACUGAAACAGGAAGAGAACGGGAAAAGUAUUGAGAACCCAAUGUUUAAUAAGGAACCUGUAUCAAACAUAUACUCUCAAGAACCUGGAACAGAAAGUGUCUAUGAGGAUAUUGAUCAUCAAAGACGUGAGACUAACUCCACAACUAACCAGUUUAAUAAUCCACUGUUUGGGACAGAACCCCUAACAGAAGUUGGGAUAUCUAUCCCCGUAUUUGAAACCUGCAAAGUUCAGAGUACAGAAAAUGAAAAUGGAUUUUCUAAUCCUGUGUAUAAUACUGAACCCCUUGCCAGUAUACCAGUUGAAAACUCAAAAGAUCUUACUUUCGGUCAUAGUAAUCCUCUUUAUGGGUUUGAGGAAAGGAAGGAAGAGGCAGUUGUACCCCCUGAACCUACUCUGGUAGAGAUAGGCGUAGUACAGGAUACUACUGAAGCUAUCACUCACACAGGGACAACUCGUCAAGAUGAUUUUAAAGAAACUCAACCUAACUUAGUGGAAGACACUGAACAUACUCUUGAAAAGUCAAAUACAGAGAAAGAUACAAAGAUAACACUUGUUGACAUGACUGAUGACCCUAACAUGGAAUCACUGGCAAACCUGCAAACCCAAAAUAAUGUCAAGGACUUGAGCAAAUCUGAGCAAGAACAUAUCAAACAAGAAGAAAAUAAAGUAAACUAUCAGGAAUCAGAGAAGAUUCAAGGAAAACCAGCAAAUGUAGGUAAACCAUUUAAGCCAAAACAAGGUAUUGAACAGCAGAAAACAUUUUCUCCCCUAGAAACAAAAAAGGAGUUAGUUUCUGAUAAAACUAACAUCUCUGAAUCAGAUGAAACCAUAAGUCUCGGGAAUGCAAUUUGUGAGCUGCCUCAAAGAGAAAACCCAGGACCACGUCUUGCUGACAGAAAAGAACCUGGACCACACCCAGCUAACAUAAAAGAGCCAGAACCUCUUCUGCCUCCACUUGAAGGACCUGGACCUAUUAUAGCAAACCCGGAAAAACCUGGACCUCUCCUAGCUAACCCGGAAAAACCUGAACCUCUCCUAGCUAACCCGGAAAAACCUGGACCUCUCCUAGCUAACCCAGCAAAACCAAGACCUCUCCUGGCUAUCCUGAAAGAGCCUGGAACUCUACUGGCUACCCUGGAAGAAACAGGAUCUCCGAUAACAGACCAAGAAAACCCUGAAGCUCCCCAGGCUGGUCUAGAAAAACCAGAUCAUAUUCUGUGUAACCUUGAAGAACCAGGAACUAUCUCGGCUAACAUUGAAGAACCAGAAACUAUCCCGGCUGAAAAAACUGUAAUUAUGCUGGCUAACCAUGAAGAACAAGGACCUUUACUGGCCAACCCAAAACAAACUGGAACUAUCAUGGCCAACCUAGAAGAACCAGGAACCAUCCUGGCUACCCUAGAAGAACCAGGACCUCUUCUAGGAAACCUAGAAAAACUAGGAACUAUCUUAGCUAACAUUGAAGAAUCAGGACCUCUUCUGGGUAACAUAGAACAACCUGGAACUAUCUUGGCUAGCAUAGAAGAUCCUGAUUCUUUACUUUCUAACAUAGAAGAUACUGAAACUCUACAUUCUAACAUAGAAGAUCCUGAACCUCUGCAUUCUGACAUAGAAGAUCCUAAACCUCCACUUUUUAACAUAGAAGAUCCUGAACCUCUACUUUCUAAUAUAGAGAAACAUAGCCAUCUUCUAGCUGACCUAGAAGAGCCAGGAUCUACCCUGACUGAAAUAGAAAAAGAAGGAUCACAUCUGACUUAUCUAGCAGAGCCUGCACCUUACGUGUCUAACCUAGAGGUACCAACACCUCACUUGGUUUACCCAGAACCUGUCCUCGCUAGCCAAGAAAUACCAGUACCUCCUCCAGCUAAUUUAGAUGAACCUGUAGAUCUGGUACCUAAAACUUUCCUCACUUACAAAGAAGAACCAGAACCUCUUCUUGCUAACAUGGAAAACCCAGGACUUCUUCUGGCUGACCAAGAGAAACUAGAACCCCUUGAGGCUAAUCUAGACGAAUCAAGACAACUUCCAGCUGACCCUGUAGAGGAGAGACCAAGCUCCAAACACAAUAAAUAAGAGUUUUAUAAUGUGUUAAUUAUUAUGCAAGCCAUGAACACUGAACUAGAUAUUUAAUCUUUAAUAUUUAAUAAACUAUAGAUAUAUCCAUA